GGCCCGGAAGUAACUUCUUCGUUUUCUCGAGAUGCCUCCAAGCAACCUAGUUGGCCGAACCUAAUCAAACUACUGUUCAUGUAAUACUCUGACUAUUUACAAUACGUUGACCGUUAAUUGCAUCAUAUUUAUAAUGCCCGCAAGUCUCCACCUGCACGUCCCUGUCAGAUAUAACAUGGUGAACGCGGAUGAAAUCGCCAAUUUGUGCUACGAGCGUUUCGACCAGCUGCCCCGGAGAGGGAAGCCUGACCCGGGCAGAGAGUGGACCCUGCUGGCCGCUGUUGUCAAAAUCACUCGGUGUGCUGACCCUGACACAGUCAAAAAAGAAGUUGUUUCCCUGGGAACUGGGACAAAAUGUAUUGGACAGACACUUAUGAGUCCCAAUGGUGAUGUACUCAAUGACAGUCAUGCAGAAGUCAUUGCCAGAAGGGGAUGUAUCAGGUACCUGAUCCAGGAGCUGCACAGGGCUGUGAGUAGUGGGGACAGCUCUGUGUUUUGUGCAGCAGAUGAGCAGGGGAAGUGGAGGCUUCAGCCGGGAGUUUCCUUCCUCUUCUUUACCAGUCACACUCCCUGUGGUGACGCCUCCAUCAUCCCAAUGACUGACAGCCAGUCUCAGCCCUGCCCCCCUGUCAGAUCUGUAAAGGGUCAUGAAGGGACUGAUGUAGGAGGAGACCUUAAAAGGAAAGCUGAGGAACAAAGCAAAGGGCAAAACACUAAGUUGCCCCGUCUGGAGGAACAGGAGACAGCAGAGACAAGCCUAGAGGACAGAGGAGACACAAAAAAAUCCUUCCCUUCAAAUACAUCUAAAAGUGAAGAUCCAUCACAGAGUCACUCAACAGAAACACCUGUGGAAACCGUCUCACAAGCAUCAGCACAACUGGAGAUAAAAAAUAGAGGCCCAUUUGACAGUGCUGGACUGCAUCCACAGGUCCCAGACAUUCACAGAACGGGAGCAAAGUGUGUCCCGGGUGGCCGAGCCGACCCUCUGCAUCCUGGGAUGGGGUACCACAGAACAGGGGUGCUUCGGUUGAAACCUGGGCGGGGAGAACCAACUCUGUCCCUCUCCUGCAGUGACAAGCUAGCUCACUGGGCAGUGCUGGGCUUCCAGGGUGCACUGCUGUCCCACUACCUACAGGAGGCGCUCUACUUCAGCAUUAUGGUGGUGGGGAAGUGCCCAUACAGCAAGGAGGUCAUGCAGAGAGCUUUGGUCACAAGGUCUUCCCAUGUAUCAAACCUCCCUGCUGGUUUCUCUGUCUGUCCACCAUUGCUGCUCCAGUCCAGCCUGGAGUUCCCCUUCAGCCAGGCCCAGACUGAGCUCCAACACCAAGCCGGACAGGGACGCAUCUCCCCCUGUGGAGCAGCCAUCAGUUGGUGUAAUGUGAUUGAGCAGCCACUAGAUGUCACUGCCAAUGGCUACAAGCAUGGGGUCACAAAAAAGGCCCUCGGCACAGCUAAAGCCAGGUCUCUCCUGUGUAAAUUGGAGCUUUUCCGCUCCUUCCUGUCUCUGGUAUCAGCCACCGACCCAUCAGUACUUCCUAACUCUCUCAGGAGAUCGGAGCUGCAUACCUACUGGGACUACAAGCAGGCAUCACAGUCGUACCAGCAGGCUUGGCAGCAGCUUCACAGCCAGGCAUUCCCUCUGUGGCCACGCAGCGAGAGAAAUCUCCUGCUAUUCCACUGAAAUUCACUCUCCUGAAACCUCUGCAGCUGAAAUGUUCCAUCAAGGUCAAUGAAGACCUGGAUUUGCUGUAGCAGGAACUGGGAGAUCACACUCAAAAUAACUACUCUUCUACAAGUAUUGUUUUCCUAGAAUAUUACUGUUGUCGUGGUUGAAAAGCCUGUGAAAUUCACAUUUCAAACAAAGGAUCAUAAUGGCAGACACACUGGUCCAUAGGAAAUAUACUGAAUCAUCUUCAUCAUGUGACACUUUUAAUAAACUAAAUUUGACUGGUCUAAUUCCAAAAGUGUUCAUUUCCUAACCCCUGUUGGGUCAGCUGGUCAGCAAAGUUUGAGGUCUAGAUAAAUAUUGUUUGGCUAUAUUUGAGUCUCCAUACCCAGGAUAUCACUGCUUACAACCGCAGGACACCCUGCACUGUCAUGCUGUUCAAGGAGGUUGAUGACCGUACUACGGUGUCCUCAGAUGAUGGUUUUAUUUCCACAAUGUGUGUAAUAAGUUGUGACUGCAGCUGCCUGGUGUUCGUGCUCUGAAAAAACAGUGGAAAAUAAGCUUCCUCUUACAGUCUAAGCAUUCUGGUUAUAUGGACUGAAGACACAUUUACCACAGUAGUGAUAGUACAUAUGUCUGUAUUUAGCCUGUGAUGACCUGUAAACCUGAUGAGGUGAUUGUGUUCCAGUGCAUGUUAGAGCAGACUCCAGUCCUUUGGGAAACUUACUCACUCAUAAAGACAAAGAAUAAGUUGAACCUGCAUAUUUCUGCCCAACAGUUAAGUCCUUCAUUGAAAACCAGACACCAAAUUAAUGUAGGGACUGAGGAUCAGUUGUGUUAUUGCUUUAGCUUGGCAGAUUCAACUCGACCCAGCUUGGCUAAU